AUGGUGGAAGCCGACUCCUUCCUCCAUCUUGCAAGACCUUUAGGUCCUGCAGCAGUAGGCUCGCAGCCAACCACAGCUCCCUUGAAUGUCAUAAUACAACCUCAGGCAAUCUUCUCCAUUUUAGAUCAUUCGCUCCGCCGCAACGCAGACCAAGAACGCGUAAUUGGAACCCUGCUCGGCGUGCGCAGUGAAGAUGGCCAAGAAGUGGAGAUCAGAAAUUGCUUCGCAGUUGGGCACACAGAAACACAAGAGCAGGUCGAGGUCGACAUGGAGUACCAAAAGCAGAUGCUAGGACUCCACCUUAAAGCCAAUCCUAAGGAAGUGCUCGUCGGAUGGUAUGCUACAUCAGCAGAGCUCAAUACGUUCUCGGCACUCAUUCAGAACUUCUACGGCGGGCAAGGUGACGGAACGUGGCCGCAUCCUGCGGUUCAUCUGACGAUCAGUACGGAUGCUGGAAAGGAGAUCGAGGCUAGGACGUAUAUUUCUGCACCUGUCGGAGUGACAGCUGAGAGGGCAGCGGAUAGUGCAGCUUUCACGCCAGUGCCACACGAGAUACGAUAUGGAGAGGCGGAGAAGAGUGGACUGGAGUUGAUCUCGGGAGCAAAAGAUAAUAACGACAGAACGGCAAAUGUCCUGACGGACAUUGAAUCUUUGGAAAAGGCUAUUGAGGAGGUCCUUGCAAUGCUCGAGAGAGUAUCGAAGUACGUUGAAGCUGUCAUAGAAGAGGAAGCUCCACCAUCGAGUGCGCUUGGUCAAUUCCUACUCGAUGCUCUGGCGCUGGCGCCAAAGGUAGACCCGGAGGACGUCGAGCGGGAUUUCAAUAAUCACAUUCAAGACGUCCUUGUCGUUUCAUAUCUCGCAAACACUAUUCGCACACAGAUCGACCUCUCAAACAGGCUAGCGACAGCCGCGUUGACGAUGGGGACUGGGGAUGGUCUGGGUGGCGCUCAAACUAAUGGGACGGCCUCGGAAGGCAAUCAGAGAGGGCAGCGAGGCGGAAGGAGUCAAAGAGGUGGAGGAGGCCGAGCGACUGAAUCAUGA